AUGAAGUCACCCGAUACCUGGGACAAGCUUUUGGCUCCACCAAGUUCCUGAAGCCAGACCUACUGGUGCCUACGGAGCCAUCCACUUCCCUGCCUGAGUACCAGGCCUCUCUCCUCUGUAACCAUGAGCCAGGCCUUCUGGAAAACCUACAAGUCCAAAGUGCUACAGACUCUGAGUGGGGAAUCCGAGGAGGACCUGGCAGAGGAGAGGGAGAACCCAGAGUUAGUGGCAUCUGAGAUGGCAGAACCCACUGAAGAGGCCUUCAAUCCCAUGUCACAGCUGGCCCGCAGAGUCCAGGGGGUUGGGGUGAAAGGCUGGCUGACCAUGUCAUCUCUGUUUAACAAAGAAGAUGAGGACAAGCUGCUGCCACCGGAGCCCUGUGCUGACCAGAAGCUUCGAAGAUCUGAGGCUCCUGCUUCAAGCUUCCUACCGCUCCUCGAAUGCCUUUCUUCCCAUCUCCCACCUCCCACCCCAAGUCCCCUUUUCUCCGGCUUCUGGUCCAGGAAUGAGGCCGCCGAGGAGGCCGUCGAGCACCACGAGCCGAGGGAAGCGGACCCCGCGGCCGGCUUCAAGUGGGGCUUCCUCACCCACAAACUGGCCGAGAUGAGGGUGAAGGCCGCGCCCAAGGGCGACUAGCCGGCC